GGGGUUGACAGUCUGCAGUGCAGCAGUGAGCGCAGGGUAUCUGGGCUCCCUAUAUGGAGGUGGAUUAGCUGUAUGCUAAUAGCGCUAGAAAAGCCGCACAGCCAGCUGAGCUGCCAGCGGAGGCGAGCACAGUCUUAGCAGAGCUGACUCCUCAAGAGCCAUGGCUGAAGGGGGCGAAGUGGAGGAUGAGAUCCAGUUCCUCCGGACUGAUGAUGAGGUUGUCCUUCAGUGUGUUGCCACCAUACACAAGGAACAAAGGAAAUUCUGCUUGGCAGCUGAGGGACUCGGGAAUCGAUUAUGUUUCUUGGAACCAACUUCAGAAGCUAAAUAUGUUCCUCCAGAUCUUUGCAUCUGUAAUUUUGUGCUGGAGCAGUCCCUCUCCGUCAGGGCCCUUCAAGAAAUGUUGGCAAACACAACUGAAAAUGGCAACGAAGGGGCCUCUCAUGGAGGUGGACACAGGACGCUACUCUAUGGUCACGCAAUCCUACUUCGACAUUCCUUCAGUGGAAUGUACUUGACAUGUUUGACGACAUCAAGAUCCCUGACAGAUAAACUUGCAUUUGAUGUGGGACUGCGGGAUACUUCAACCGGAGAGGCUUGCUGGUGGACAAUACAUCCUGCUUCCAAACAGAGAUCAGAAGGAGAAAAGGUUCGGAUUGGAGAUGAUCUCAUUUUGGUCAGCGUUUCCUCCGAAAGAUACUUGCAUUUGUCCAUAUCCAACGGGAUGGGAAACAUCCAAGUAGAUGCUUCUUUCAUGCAGACCCUGUGGAAUGUACAUCCGACAUGCUCUGGGAGCAGUGUGGAGGAAGGCUAUCUUCUUGGUGGACAUGUGGUGCGAUUUUUCCAUGGCCAUGAUGAAUGUUUGACAAUCCCAUCUACUGACCUGGGAGAGGCCCAGCAUAGGAAAGUGAAUUACGAAGCUGGAGGAGCAGGUGUCCGUGCCAGGUCAUUAUGGAGAGUGGAGCCCCUCAGAAUAAGCUGGAGUGGAAGUCAUAUCCGAUGGGGGCAAACAUUCCGCAUUCGCCAUAUUACUUCUGGGCAGUACCUGGCACUGACGGAGGACCAAGGAUUAGUGUUACAAGACAGAACCCAGUCAGACACCAAGUCAUCAGCCUUCUGCUUCAAAGCAUCCAAGGAAAAGUUGGACUCGGGCCAUAAGCGUGACAUUGAUGGCAUGGGAGUAGCGGAGAUUAAGUAUGGAGAUUCCAUCUGCUUUAUUCAACACGUUGACAGUGGCCUAUGGUUGACCUACAAAGCUCAAGAUGCCAAAACAGCAAGGCUGGGACCGCUAAAGCGAAGAGCCAUCCUUCACCAAGAAGGACACAUGGACGAUGGUGUCACCUUACAGAAGUGUCAGCACGAGGAGUCCCAGGCUGCAAGAAUCAUUCGUAACACCACAGGCUUAUUCAGUCAAUUUAUCAGUGAUUUGGAUUCUCUGACGGGAAACAACCGGACGGUCACAGCCCCCAUCGCCCUGCCUAUUGAGGAGGUAGUUCAAACCCUGCAAGACUUGAUUGCUUACUUCCAGCCUCCCGAGGAGGAACUGGAACAUGAAGAUAAACAGAAUAAACUCCGUUCACUAAAGAACCGACAGAACCUGUUCAAAGAGGAGGGAAUGCUGGCAUUGGUGCUGAACUGCAUUGACCGACUGAAUGCGUAUAGCGGUGCAGCACACUUUACCGAAAUCAUAGGGGAGAGAGCUGGGCCAGCAUGGAAAGAAAUUCUCAACCUUCUCUAUCAGUUGUUAGCUGCCCUGAUUCGCGGUAACAGAAGUAAUUGUGCACAAUUUUCCAAUAACCUGGAUUGGCUUAUAAGUAAAUUAGAGCGUCUUGAAUCUUCAUCAGGAAUAUUGGAGGUUCUCCACUGCAUCUUGAUUGAAAGUCCAGAAGCAUUAAAUCUAAUUGAGAAGGGACAUAUCCGCUCUAUAAUUUCUCUCCUGGACAAACAUGGACGGAACCACAAGGUUCUGGAUGUCCUAUGUUCUCUCUGCGUCUGUAAUGGAGUUGCAGUGCGCACAAAUCAGAACCUCAUUUGUGACAACUUGCUACCAAGGAGAGAUUUACUUUUACAGACCCGCUUGGUUAAUAAUGUCACAAGUAUGAGGCCAAACAUUUUCCUGGGAGUAGCAGAAGGAUCAGCUCAAUACAAAAAGUGGUAUUUUGAGACGAUCAUAGAUCAGGUGGAUCCAUUUCUGACCCCGGAACCCACUCACCUGCGUGUUGGUUGGGCCUCCACCUCUGGUUAUGCUCCGUACCCUGGUGGAGGGGAAGGCUGGGGAGGCAACGGGGUGGGUGAUGAUCUUUUCUCUUAUGGAUUUGAUGGUCUUCACCUAUGGUCUGGCCGGGUACCCAGAGCUGUGGCCUCAACUAAUCAGCAUCUUCUGGCGUCGGAUGAUGUGGUGAGCUGUUGCUUGGACUUAGGUGUGCCCAGCAUUUCAUUUCGUAUUAACGGGCAGCCGGUUCAAGGCAUGUUUGAGAACUUUUACACGGAAGGCCUCUUUUUUCCGGUAGUGAGCUUUUCUGCCGGGGUCAAGGUUCGUUUCCUUCUUGGUGGACGCCAUGGAGAGUUCAAAUUUUUACCACCAGCUGGCUAUGCCCCAUGCUAUGAGGCCUUACUUCCAAAAGAGAAGAUGAGAGUGGAACCUGUGAAGGAAUACAAGAGGGAUUUUGAUGGAAUUCGGGAUUUACUUGGCACAACACACUUCCUUUCACAGGCUUCCUUCAUACCUUUUCCCGUUGACACCAGCCAGAUUGUUUUACCUCCUCACCUUGAGAAGAUCCGAGAUAAGCUUGCCGAAAAUAUCCAUGAGCUGUGGGGCAUGAACAAAAUUGAGCUUGGUUGGAUCUACGGCAAGCUGCGAGAUGAUAAUAAAAGACAACAUCCUUGUUUGGUAGAAUUCUCUAAGCUACCAGAAACAGAGAAGAAUUACAAUCUGCAAAUGUCCACCGAGACACUUAAAACUCUCUUGGCUCUGGGAUGUCUCAUUGUUCACUCAAACCAAGCUGCUGAAGAAAACCUGAAGAAAGUUAAACUCCCUAAGAACUACAUAAUGUCCAAUGGCUACAAACCUGCCCCACUGGACCUCUCUGAUGUUAAACUGUUACCAGCACAAGAAGUUCUAGUUGAUAAACUUGCAGAGAAUGCACACAACGUAUGGGCAAAAGAUAGAAUUAAACAAGGAUGGACCUAUGGCAUUCAACAGGACCUAAAAAACAAACGAAACCCGCGCUUGGUGCCAUAUGCUUUACUAGAUGAACGGACUAAGAAAUCUAAUCGAGACAGUCUGCGUGAAGCUGUAAGAACAUUUAUUGGCUACGGGUAUAACAUUGAGCCACCAGACCAAGAAAUCACUGACCAAAUGAUGGAGCGGGUCAGCAUAGAUAAGAUUCGCUUCUUCAGGGUGGAGACGACGUAUGCUGUGAAAACAGGAAAGUGGUAUUUUGAGUUUGAAGUGGUGACUGGAGGUGACAUGCGUGUCGGCUGGGCCAGACCUGGAUGUAGACCUGAUGUCGAGCUCGGUGCAGAUGACCAGGCGUUUGUAUUUGAAGGAAGUAGGGGCCAGUGCUGGAACAUGGGAAGCUCUUUCUUUGGUCGGAACUGGCAGCCAGGAGACGUGGUGGGUUGCAUGAUUAACUUGGAAGACAAAUCUAUGAUCUUUACACUCAAUGGGGAGAUGCUCAUCACCAACCAAGGGUCCGAACUGGCAUUUGCUGACUUUGAAAUCGAGAAUGGUUUUGUUCCUGUAUGUUCCUUGGGAUUGUCUCAGAUCGGACGUAUGAACCUGGGAAGAGAUGCCAGCACCUUCAAGUACUACACAAUGUGCGGACUGCAGGAGGGUUUCCAACCCUUUGCUGUCAAUACGAACAGAGAUGUUGCCAUGUGGUUCAGCAAACGCUUACCCACUUUUGUAAAUGUGCCAAAAGAUCAUCCUCACAUAGAGGUAACAAGGAAAGAUGGGACAGUAGAAAGCCCUCCGUGCCUUAAGGUCACACACAAAACAUUUGGUACCCAGAACAGCAACGAGGAUAUGAUAUACUGCAGGCUGAGUAUGCCUGUCGAGUUCCACUCUGCAUUCAUCGGCGAUGAGAACUUCCCCAAGAGAAACCAACUUCAGGAAGCAACUUCACAUACUACUACAUCUUAUUAUUACUCUGUGAGAAUAUUUGCGGGUCAGGACCCAUCCUCAGUGUGGGUCGGAUGGGUGACCCCAGAUUACCACUUUUACAGUGAAAAGUUUGACCUGAGCAAGAACUGCACUGUGACUGUCACUUUAGGGGAUGAGAGAGGAAGAGUCCACGAAAGUGUUAAACGAAGUAAUUGUUACAUGGUUUGGGGAGGUGAUCUUUCCACCGGCUCCCAGAGGUCCAGCCGCAACAAUGUAGAUGUUGAAAUCGGGUGCCUUGUGGACCUGGCCACUGGACUGCUGUCAUUCACAGCUAAUGGGAAAGAGCUUGGAACCUGCUAUCAGGUUGAGCCAAACACCAAGCUGUUCCCAGCAGUCUUCCUGCAGCCGACCAGCACUAAUCUCUUCCAGUUUGAGCUCGGAAAAUUAAAGAACACUAUGCCACUUUCUGCUGCAAUAUUUAAGAGUGAGGAGAAGAACCCUGUGCCGCAGUGCCCUCCCCGGCUGGACGUGCAGUCGAUCACGCCCGUCCUCUGGAGCCGCAUGCCAAACAACUUCCUGAAGGUGGAGACGGAGCGCGUGAGCGAGAGGCACGGUUGGGUGGUGCAGUGUCUGGAGUCAUUGCAGAUGAUGGCGCUGCACAUACCUGAAGAGAAUAGGUGUAUUGAUAUUUUAGAGCUCUCUGAGCAGGAAGACCUGAUGAAGUUUCAUUAUCACACUUUGAAGCUGUACUGCGCAGUUUGUGCGUUAGGCAAUAAUCGUGUAGCCCAUGCCUUGUGUAGCCAUGUGGAUCAGUCCCAGCUACUCUACACCAUUGAUAACCAAUACCUUCCUGGCUUGCUACGUGUUGGCUUCUAUGACCUUCUUAUUAGCAUCUAUCUGGAGUCCGCCAAGGAGGGGAAGCUUAUAAUGAAUAAUGAAUUUAUUAUUCCUAUCACUGAUGACACUCGGGAGAUCCAACUCUUUCCUGAUGAGUCCAAGAGACAUGGCCUGCCAGGGGUAGGGUGCAGUACUUGUUUGAAAUCUGACCUGCAUUUUACAGUACCCUGCUUUAUACUAACUGGUGAAGAGAGGCAGCAGCAUGGCCCUGAGAUUCCUGUGGACAUCCUGAAGUUGAAAGCCAUUGGAAUGCUAACAGAAGCUGUGCAGAGUAGUGGUGACCACAUCCGAGACCCUGUGGGGGGCAAGGUAGAAUUCCAGUUUGUGCCCGUGCUGAAGCUGAUUGCCACAUUGCUCAUUAUGGGAGUCUUUGAGGAUGAAGAUGUUAGGCAGAUCCUGCUGCUGAUCGACCCAAAUGUUUUUGGUGACCCCGAAGAUAUUGAAGAGAGAUAUGAGAAGGAAGAAGAUGCACAAGAUGAAGAAAAGGCAGUGGAAGCUGGGGAAAAGGCUACAAGAGAUGCAAAGGCACCUCCAAAAGGUUUGCUACAGACACGACUCCCAGAGUCUGUCAAGCUCCAGAUGUGUGAGCUUCUUCAUUACUUUUGCGAUUGUGAGCUGAAACACAGAGUUGAGUCCAUUGUCUCCUUUUCUGAUAACUUUGUGUCAAAACUACAGCACAAUCAGAAAUUCCGCUACAAUGAGUUAAUGCAGGCGCUUAACAUGUCAGCGGCUCUGACUGCCAAGAAAACGCGGGAGUUCCGGUCACCUCCACAGGAGCAGAUUAACAUGUUGCUCAACUUCCAACCGCAAGAAAACUGUCCGUGUCCGGAGGAGAUACGGGAUGAGCUCUAUGAGUUCCACGAGGAUCUUCUUAUACAUUGCGGCAUUCCGCUAGAUGAAGAGGACGAGGAAGAGGAGGAUACUUCAUGGACAGGUCGGCUCCGAACAUUGGUAUACAAAAUUAAAGGCCGCUCAAAGACAGAAGAACAGGACCCAGCAGAGGAGGAGGAGAAAUCCCCAACCACAUUGAAGGAGCUCAUAUCACAGACCAUGGUGCGUUGGGCUCAGGAAGACCACAUCCAGGACCCUGAACUUGUGCGCAUUAUGUUCAGCCUUCUUCGUCGACAGUAUGACAGCAUCGGGGAGCUCUUACGGGCCAUGAGGAAAACCUACACCAUCAGCGCCGCCUCCGUAGAAGACACUAUUAAUUUGUUGGCUUCUCUGGGACAAAUCCGCUCUCUGCUCAGUGUCCGUAUGGGCAAAGAAGAGGAGAUGCUGAUGAUUGAUGGUCUUGGUGACAUCAUGAACAACAAAGUCUUCUAUCAGCAUCCAAACUUGAUGCGUGUGCUGGGGAUGCAUGAGACGGUGAUGGAGGUCAUGGUGAACGUGCUGGGAGGUGACAAGUCUCAGCAAAUCACAUUCCCCAAGAUGGUGGCAAGCUGCUGUCGGUUCUUGUGCUACUUCUGCAGAAUCAGCAGGCAGAACCAAAAGGCAAUGUUUGAACAUCUUGGCUAUUUGUUGGAAAACAGCAGCGUUGGACUGGCUUCUCCAUCAAUGAGAGGCUCCACACCUCUGGAUGUUGCCGCGGCUUCUGUAAUGGACAACAAUGAGCUUGCUUUGGCUUUACAGGAACCAGACCUGGAGAAGGUGGUGACUUACUUGGCAGGAUGUGGACUUCAGAGCUGUCCGAUGCUUAUAGCCAAGGGGUACCCUGACAUUGGGUGGAAUCCCAUUGAAGGCGAGCGCUAUCUCUCAUUCUUGCGUUUUGCUGUUUUUGUGAACGGUGAGAGCGUGGAAGAAAACGCCAGCGUGGUGGUGAAGCUCCUUAUCCGACGGCCUGAGUGUUUUGGGCCAUCGCUGCGAGGAGAGGGUGGAAAUGGUUUACUGUCGGCGAUGCAGGAAGCUAUUAACAUCUCUGAGAACCCGACUCUGGACCUUCCUUCUCAGGGGUAUCAGAGGGAAGUGGUCGAAGAAGAUGAAGAAGAAGAAGAGAUUGUACACAUGGGAAAUGCUAUAAUGUCUUUCUAUUCUGCGCUUAUUGAUCUUCUGGGACGUUGUGCUCCAGAAACCCACUUGAUCCAGACUGGUAAAGGUGAAGCUAUUCGAAUUCGAUCCAUCCUCCGCUCGCUGGUACCCACAGAAGACCUAGUGGGAAUCAUUAGUAUUCCUCUAAAGCUACCCGCGUUUAAUAAAGACGGUUCUGUGUUUGAGCCUGACAUGGCAGCCAGCUUCUGUCCCGAUCACAAGGCCCCCAUGGUGCUUUUUCUAGACAGAGUGUAUGGUAUUAAGGACCAAAGCUUCCUCCUUCAUCUGUUGGAGGUGGCCUUUUUACCUGAUCUAAGAGCAUCGGCUUCUCUUGACACAGCCUCCCUGAGUGUCACGGAGAUGGCUCUCGCUCUGAACAGAUACAUUUGCUCCGCCGUACUUCCGCUGCUCACACGCUGCGCUCCCCUCUUCUCCGGCACCGAGCACUACGCGGCACUAAUUGACUCCACUCUGCAUACAAUCUACCGGCUGUCCAAGGGCCGCUCCUUAACGAAGGCUCAGCGGGACACAAUUGAAGAAUGUCUGCUCUCAAUCUGCCACCAUCUGCGCCCCUCCAUGCUCCAGCAACUACUCCGGCGUCUGGUUUUUGAUGUUCCGUUACUCAGCGAAUACUGCAAAAUGCCCCUUAAGCUCUUGACAAACCAUUAUGAACAAUGUUGGAAAUAUUACUGCCUCCCCUCGGGGUGGGGGAGCUAUGGAUUGGCCUCGGAGGAAGAAUUACACUUGACCGAGAAGCUGUUCUGGGGGAUUUUCGAUUCUCUCUCUCAUAAGAAGUACGAUGCCGAGCUCUUUAGAAUGGCAAUGCCCUGUCUCAGUGCCAUUGCUGGCGCUCUGCCGCCAGAUUAUGUUGAUACCAGAAUCAAAGCAACUCCAGAGAAGCAGAUGUCGGUGGAUUCAGAAGGAAAUUUUGACCCCAAACCCAUCAAUACUGCCAAUCUCACGUUGCCUGAAAAGCUGGAGUACAUUGUCAAUAAAAAUGCAGAGCACUCCCAUGAUAAAUGGGCCUUUGACAAGAUCCAUGGCGGGUGGAAAUAUGGAUUAUCCCUUGACGAAAACAUGAAAACUCACCCUCUGCUGCGCCCCUUUAAGACGCUGUCUGAAAAGGAGAAAGAGAUUUAUCGGUGGCCUGUCAGAGAGUCUGUGAAAACCAUGUUGGCGACAGGCUGGAGCGUGGAACGUACGAAGGAAGGAGAAGCCCUGGCACUGCACAGGGAAAACGAGAAGAUGCGCAGCAUGUCCCAGGCCAGCCAGGGAAAUGGUUACACUCCUGUCCCAAUCGAUCUGAGCAAUGUUGUCCUUUCCAGAGAGCUCCAGGGAAUGGUUGAGGUGAUGGCUGAAAAUUAUCAUAAUAUUUGGGCCAAAAAGAAGAAACUAGAAUUGGAGAGCAAAGGCGGAGGGAGCCAUCCAUUGCUUGUGCCGUACGACACCCUAACAGCCAAAGAGAAGUCUCGAGAUCGGGAGAAAGCUCAGGAGCUUUUUAAAUUCCUGCAAGUAAACGGUUACGCCAUAUCCAGGGGAUUAAAGGACAUGGAGCUAGAUGCUUCAUCCAUGGAAAAGAGAUUUGCCUUCAAGUUCCUGAAGAAGGUUCUGCAUUAUGUUGACUCUGCACAGGAGUUCAUUGCUCACUUGGAGGCUGUUGUUGGCAGCGGAAAAAGCGAAAAAUCUCCCCACGAGCAAGAAAUCAAAUUUUUUGCUAAAGUUCUCCUUCCUCUCGUUGACCAGUACUUCAAGAAUCACUGUCUGUACUUCCUCUCCUCCCCGACCAAAACCCUGAGCAGCAGCGGCUACGCAUCCAACAAAGAAAAAGAGAUGGUGGCGAGUCUGUUCUGCAAACUGGCAGCCCUUGUCAGACAUAGGAUUUCACUCUUUGGCAGUGACUCUUCCACCAUGGUGAGCUGUCUGCACAUUCUCGCUCAGACGCUCGACACACGCACAGUGAUGAAGUCCGGCUCGGAGCUGGUGAAAGCCGGAGUUCGUGCGUUCUUUGAGAAUGCUGCUGAAGACUUGGAGAAAACGUUGGAGAAUCUGAAGCUGGGGAAAUUCACCCACUCCAGGACCCAAAUGAAAGGCGUUUCCCAGAAUAUUAACUACACCACCGUGGCUCUCCUGCCAAUCCUGACUUCCAUCUUUGAGCACGUGGCUCGCCAUCAGUUUGGGGUGGAUUUACUCUUGGACGACGUGCAAGUUUCCUGCUACAGAAUCCUGUGCAGCCUUUACUCCCUCGGGACCGGAAAGAACAUCUAUGUUGAAAGGCAACGUCCAGCCCUGGGAGAGUGUCUGGCCGCGCUGGCUGGGGCUAUACCCGUAGCUUUCCUUGAGCCUUCCCUGAACCACAACAACUCGCUGUCUGUUUACAGCACCAAGACCCCCAGGGAGAGAGCGAUUCUAGGAAUGCCAGAUACCGUGGAGGAGAUGUGUCCGGAAAUGCCACACUUGGAGGGACUGAUGAAAGAGAUUAAUGAUCUGGCAGAGUCUGGAGCCAGGUACACCGAGAUGCCCCAUGUCAUUGAGGUUAUACUCCCCAUGCUGUGCAAUUAUUUGUCCUACUGGUGGGAGCGGGGAACAGAAAACGUGCCAGAGAACGCCAGGCCUUGCUGUACACAAGUGACUUCAGAACACCUGAGCGUGAUCCUCGGCAACAUCCUUAAAAUCAUUAACAACAACUUGGGAAUCGAUGAGGCAUCGUGGAUGAAAAGAAUUGCGGUCUAUGCCCAGCCGAUAAUCAGCAAGGCUCAGCCCGAUCUCCUAAAGAGCCAUUUCAUUCCAACCCUGGAGAAACUGAAGAAGAAAGCAAUAAAGAUUGUACAGGAGGAGGAACAACUGAAAGCAGACAGCAAGUCAGACACUCAGGAGGCAGAACUGCUGAUUCUGGAUGAGUUUGCUGUUCUAUGCAGAGAUCUGUAUGCCUUCUACCCGAUGCUUAUCCGAUAUGUGGACAAUAACAGGUCCAACUGGCUCAAAAAGCCAGAUACAGAUUCAGAUGAGCUUUUCCGAAUGGUGGCUGAAGUGUUCAUUCUGUGGUGCAAGUCGCAUAACUUCAAGAGAGAAGAACAGAAUUUUGUGAUUCAGAACGAAAUCAAUAACUUGGCAUUUCUAACAGGGAACAACAAGAGCAAGAUGUCAAAGCCCAUACAAGUGAAGUCUGGAGGUCAAGACCAGGAGCGGAAAAGAACAAAGCGUCGGGGUGACCUUUACUCUAUACAGACCUCGCUAAUCGUGGCAGCCCUGAAGAAGAUGCUGCCGAUUGGUUUGAACAUGUGUACGCCAGGGGACCAGGAGCUCAUUUCAUUGGCCAAGAGCAGAUACAGCCUUAAAGACACGGAUGAAGAAGUGAAGGAACAUUUGCGCAGUAAUCUUCACCUACAGGAAAAGUCGGAAGACCCAGCUGUGAAGUGGCAGCUCAAUCUUUACAAGGACAUCCUGAAGAACGAGGAGCUGGAUCCAGAGAAAUCUGUGGAGCGCGUCCAGAAAAUAUCUGCAGCGGUCUUCCAUCUUGAGCAAGUGGAGCAGCCCUUGAGAUCUAAGAAGGCGGUUUGGCACAAGCUUUUGUCGAAACAGAGAAAGAGAGCCGUGGUGGCUUGUUUCCGCAUGGCUCCAUUGUACAACCUGCCAAGGCACCGUUCUAUUAACCUCUUCUUCCAUGGUUAUCAGAGAUUUUGGAUAGAAACAGAGGAAAAUUCCUUUGAGGAGAAACUAAUUCAGGAUUUGGCUAAACCCAAGAAAAAGGAUGAGGAAGAGGAAGAAGAGGCAGAGAAGAAGCCAGAUCCACUUCACCAGAUUAUUUUACACUUCAGUCGUAAUGCCCUGACCGAGAGGAGCAAAUUGGAGGACGAUCCCCUUUAUACAGCAUAUGCAGCAAUGAUGGCAAAGAGCUGUCAAAAUGAAGAGGAUGACGAAGAAAAAGAGAAAACUUUUGAAGAAAAAGAAAUGGAAAAACAGAAGACGUUGUACCAGCAAGCUCGUCUGCACGAGAGAGGAGCUGCUGAGAUGGUUUUACAGAUGAUCAGUGCAAGUAAAGGUGAAAUGAGCGACAUGGUGGUGGAAACCCUUAAACUUGGAAUUGCUGUUCUCAACGGCGGUAAUACUGUCGUGCAGCAGAAAAUGUUAGAUUACCUCAAGGAGAAAAAGGAUGCUGGGUUUUUCCAGAGCUUGUCCGGACUGAUGCAGUCGUGCAGCGUCCUUGAUUUGAAUGCAUUUGAAAGACAGAACAAAGCAGAAGGCCUUGGGAUGGUAACAGAGGAAGGCACUCUCAUUGUCCGAGAAAGGGGGGAGAAGGUUCUACAGAAUGAUGAGUUCACACGAGACCUCUUCAGGUUCCUUCAGCUUCUGUGUGAAGGUCAUAACAACGACUUUCAGAAUUUUCUCCGAACUCAGAUGGGCAACACAACCACAGUUAACAUCAUCAUUAGCACGGUGGAUUAUCUUCUUCGCCUCCAGGAAUCUAUCAGUGACUUUUACUGGUAUUACUCCGGGAAAGACGUGAUCGAUGAAUCAGGACAACACAACUUCUCCAAAUCCCUGGCUGUGACCAAACAAAUCUUCAAUUCACUUACAGAAUAUAUUCAGGGCCCGUGUAUUGGAAACCAGCAGAGCUUGGCACACAGUCGACUUUGGGAUGCUGUGGUCGGUUUCCUCCACGUCUUUGCAAACAUGCAAAUGAAACUCUCGCAGGAUUCCAGCCAAAUUGAGCUGCUGAAGGAGCUGUUGGACCUUCUGCAGGACAUGGUGGUGAUGCUCCUGUCACUUCUAGAAGGCAAUGUGGUAAAUGGAACCAUCGGCAAACAAAUGGUAGACACUCUUGUGGAAUCUUCAAGCAAUGUGGAAAUGAUCUUGAAGUUCUUUGAUAUGUUCUUGAAAUUGAAAGAUCUAACGAGCUCUGAUGCGUUCAAAGAGUACGAUCCGGAAGGAAAAGGCAUCAUAUCCAAAAAAGAAUUCCAGAAGGCCAUGGAGGGCCAGAAGCAAUAUACACAGUCCGAAAUUGAAUUCCUCCUUUCCUGUGCCGAGGCGGAUGAAAAUGAUAUGUUUAACUAUGUUGAAUUUGUAGAUAGAUUUCACGAACCGGCAAAGGACAUCGGGUUCAACGUAGCUGUUCUGUUGACUAACCUCUCCGAACAUAUGCCGAACGAUUCCCGACUCCAGUGUCUGCUAGAUCCCGCAAAUAGCGUACUGAGUUACUUCUCUCCGUACCUUGGACGUAUUGAGAUCAUGGGCGGAGCCAAAAGGAUAGAAAGAGUUUACUUUGAGAUCAGCGAGUCAAGCCGGACACAAUGGGAGAAGCCCCAAGUCAAGGAGUCCAAGAGACAGUUCAUAUUUGAUGUGGUCAAUGAAGGUGGAGAGCAGGAGAAGAUGGAAUUGUUUGUUAACUUCUGUGAAGACACCAUAUUUGAGAUGCAGUUGGCCUCCCAAAUCUCUGAGUCUGAUGCAGCUGAGCGGCCUGAGGAAGAAGAGGAUGAGGAAUCUCACCACGUGAUGGAAGUUGGAGAAGAGAAAGAAGAAGCCGAGUCUCUUGAAUCUUCUUCAGCUUUCAUCAUAGCUUGCGCAGCGCUUAAAAAGAACACGUCCAGUUUCCUGAAAAUGUUGACUUUAAAAAAUGUCGGCAAGCAGUUCCGGAAAGUGAAAAAAAUGACCAUAAAGGAACUAGUGAAGGUCUUCUUCUCAUUUUUCUGGAUGCUGUUUGUUGGGGUGUUUCAAUUUGUAUUUACUAUAGUAUGGGGAGUAUUUCAGAUACUGUGGAGCACAGUUUUCGGAGGAGGCUUAGUAGAAGGGGCCAAAAAUAUUAAAGUCACCAAACUAUUGGGAGAUAUGCCCGAUCCAACGCAGUUUGGAAUCCAUGACGAUGUCCUGGACACUGAAAAAGCAGAUGCCUCGGAACAUGGCUCGUCCGCAGAACUCACGCAUCUUCUAAAAGGAGAAAAAGGAGAUGCAGAGAUGUCGGAUGUAUUUGGCAUUCAUUCGAAAAAAGAAGGUUCGAAGCACGGCCAUGACGUUGGGCUCGGCGACUUCUCUGAGGUUGUACAUGCAGAGAGUACCACCAGUUUAGAAAGUGCCGUCCAUAAGAAGAGAAAAGCUCUUGCAGCAGAAAUUGCCAAAGAGCAAGAGGACGACCUGAAGGCCGAAUCCGAGAAGGCUGACAUGGAAGACGGCGAGAAAAAGGACAAAGCUAAGGCAGAGGAAGAGUCUGAAUUCCUUGAAAGCAAGGGGGGUCAAAUCAAGAAGAGAAGACGCGGCCAGAAGAAAGAGGAGCCGGAAGCAUUAAUGGCAAACUUCCUGGCCGGCUUGGAGAUCUACCAAACUAAGAUGCUGAACUACCUGGCCCGGAAUUUCUACAAUCUCCGAUUUCUGGCCCUGUUUGUUGCUUUUGCCAUUAACUUCAUCCUGUUGUUCUACAAGGUGACAGAGGAACCUUCCCGUGAAGAGCCAGACAACGACUCGAAGGUGUGGAAAUCGUAUCAAGAAGAGGAGGAGGAGGAUGCAGACGAAGGCACGGUUUAUUUUGUGCUGCAAGAGAACACCGGUUACAUGGCUCCAACCCUCCGCAUCCUUGCUAUCAUCCAUACCGUAAUCUCGUUUCUCUGCGUUAUUGGAUAUUACUGCCUGAAGGUUCCUCUUGUGGUAUUUAAACGAGAGAAAGAAAUUGCUCGCAACGUGGAGUUUGACGGUCUGUACAUCACGGAGCAGCCGUCAGACGACGACAUCAAAGGGCAGUGGGACCGGCUCGUCAUAAACACCCCGUCGUUUCCUAAUAAUUACUGGGAUAAAUUUGUCAAGAGGAAGGUGAUCAACAAAUACGGCGACUUGUACGGGGCAGACCGAAUGGCUGAACUUCUGGGUCUGGAUAAAAACGCUCUAGAUUUUAGCCCGGUGGAAAAGACCCAACCCGAAGAAGGAUCCCUCGUGUCAUGGUUGAGCUCCAUCGAUAUGAAGUACCACAUCUGGAAGCUCGGAGUCGUCUUCACAGACAACUCUUUCCUUUAUCUCGCCUGGUACACAACCAUGUCUAUCCUCGGGCACUACAACAAUUUCUUCUUUGCUGCUCAUCUCCUGGACAUUGCGAUGGGAUUCAAGACCCUGAGAACCAUUUUGUCUUCAGUUACGCAUAAUGGAAAACAACUGGUACUUACGGUGGGACUUUUAGCUGUCGUCGUGUAUCUUUACACGGUGGUGGCCUUCAACUUUUUCCGUAAAUUCUAUAACAAAAGCGAGGAUGAGGACGAUCCAGAUAUGAAGUGUGACGACAUGAUGACGUGUUAUCUUUUCCACAUGUAUGUGGGGGUGAGAGCCGGAGGCGGCAUCGGAGACGAGAUCGAAGACCCCGCAGGGGAUCCGUAUGAAAUGUACCGCAUCGUGUUUGACAUCACUUUCUUCUUCUUUGUAAUUGUCAUCCUUUUGGCUAUUAUUCAAGGUCUGAUCAUUGAUGCUUUUGGAGAAUUGAGAGAUCAACAAGAGCAAGUCCGAGAAGAUAUGGAGACUAAAUGCUUUAUCUGCGGCAUAGGAAACGAUUACUUUGAUACCACACCUCACGGCUUUGAAACCCACACGUUACAGGAACACAACUUGGCCAAUUACUUGUUCUUUCUAAUGUAUAUCAUUAAUAAGGAUGAAACGGAACAUACCGGCCAGGAAUCCUACGUAUGGAAGAUGUACCAGGAACGUUGCUGGGACUUCUUCCCUGCCGGCGAUUGUUUCCGCAAACAAUACGAAGACCAGCUUGGAUGA